AGCCCAAAAUGUGUGUGAGAGUGAACGCCUGGUGGUGGCAAGCUCUUCGGCUUGAAGACCAUGGAGGAGUGCAAGAGUGAGUUUUGGUAUAAAUUGACGGAUCUCCGAUGGAUUCGACACAGUCGUUUAGUUCUUCUGCUAUCAGAAACACUAAGAGUCAUCCAAUCAAAAAUGGCAUUCAAGUUCUUGACCUUCUGCGCUCUCGUCGCCGUGGCCCGUGCUGGACUCCUUCCUGCUCAACCCGUUGCCUACAGCCACGCCCCAGUGGCCACCUAUGCUUCCCAUGCCCCAGUAGCCACCUAUGCUGCCCACGCAGCUCCCGCCGUCGUAGCCCAUGCCGCUCCCUUGGCCUAUGCUGCUCCUGCUAAGACCCUCGUAGCUGCCCCAGCUGUUGCCAAGGUUGCCGUUGCUGACGAAUACGACCCCAACCCCCAAUACACCUUCGCCUACGACAUCCAGGAUGGUCUUACUGGUGAUUCCAAGAGCCAGCACGAAACCCGCAGCGGAGAUGUUGUCCAGGGCUCCUACUCCCUUGUCGAUCCUGAUGGCACCAAACGUACUGUCGAAUACACCGCUGAUCCCCACAAUGGUUUCAACGCUGUUGUCCACCGUGAGCCUCUGGCCGUGAAAGUUGCCGCUCCCGCUGUUGCCAAGGUUGCCGCCCCUGUGGCCUAUGCUGCCCCAGUUGCCAAGGUAGCCUAUGCUGCCCCCGUUGCCAAAGUAGCCUAUGCUGCCCACGCUGCCCCUCUGGCUGUUGCCCACGCUGCCCCAGCCUACGCCACCUACCACCACUAAAUACCAUCUUAAGCCGUGAGAGUACCAGCAACUGUUUCGGCCGUAUCGCAAAAUCCAGCCAUUUGCCACGAGAGAGAGAACAGAGAGAGAUUGCCACAAUCCCAAAUUUCCCUUCCUCUUCUUUCUUCUUCCGAGCAUCUAGUUGAAUUUUGUUUAAAUUAAUUUAUUUUUCCUGUAUUUUUGUCUGUCUGAAUGCUUCUUUGAACUAUUUUUUUUUGUGAAACUGUCUGUAUGUGCUUCGUGUGUUGUGACUAUCCUUACUGUUCUUUGACUCCUCUUUUUGUAUUUUGAUAAAUUGUCAGGAUGAAUAAAGAAAAUUCUCAAUUGUGAAAAGA